GAAGCACCCCAUCCUUGCAACAAGAAGCCCCAAGCUUUCUAGCAUUCGAGAACGAAGCAGCUAGUAGUGUGAGCUUCCGAUCACAGCACAGCCGCUGGUAGCUUGCAAGCCAGAGUAGAUAAGAUCCAACCGAUCGAUCGAUCAGGCAACAGUCCCACCUACCGAUCGACACCGGUGCAGGUAACUGAGCUAGCGAUCGACAUGGCUUUCGCUCUCAAGACAGCAUCUCCGUCCCCGUCGUCUUCCCCGGCGGUUCAGUCGUCGCCGCUCCCGAGGCGGGCUGCGGCGGUGGCGCCGGUGCCGGGGCGGAGGAGGGCUGCGGUUGCGGUGGCUUCGUCAGCCCCGGCGCCGGCCAAGCCCGCCGGCAAGCGAUGCCUGCCUGUGUCGCAGACAUUGUCCAGGCUCAGGGCGAAGGGCAAGACGGCGUUCAUCCCGUACAUCACCGCCGGCGACCCCGACCUGACGACGACGGCGGAGGCGCUGCGGCUCCUGGACGCCUGCGGCGCCGACGUCAUCGAGCUCGGCAUGCCCUUCUCCGACCCCAGCGCCGACGGGCCGAUCAUCCAGGCUUCGACGGCGCGGGCGCUGGCGGGCGGCGUGACCCCGGACGGCGUGCUGGAGAUGCUCAAGGAGGUGACCCCGGAGCUGUCCUGCCCGGUGGUGCUCUACUCCUACUUCAACCCCAUCGUGCGGCGAGGGAUCGCCGACUUCGCCGCCGCAGUCAAACAAGCCGGCGUACACGGUCUUAUAGUGCCUGAUCUUCCUUAUAUGCCCACGUGUGCUCUCAGGAGUGAAGCCAUGAAGAACAGCCUCGAGCUGGUACUGCUGACAACACCAGCUACACCAGCAGAGAGGAUGAAGGAGAUCACGAAAGCUUCAGAAGGAUUUGUUUAUCUGGUGAGCGUCAAUGGAGUUACGGGCCCCCGCGCAAACGUGAACUCGCGUGUUCAGCCUCUGAUUCAGGAGGUUAAACAGGCCACUGACAAACCUGUGGCUGUUGGCUUUGGCAUAUCCAAACCUGAGCAUGUAAAGCAGAUUGCAGAGUGGGGUGCAGAUGGGGUGAUCAUUGGCAGUGCCAUGGUGAAGCAGUUAGGUGAAGCAUCUUCUCCCAAAGAAGGCUUGAGAAGGCUAGAGAAUUAUGUCAGGAGCAUGAAGAAUGCACUGCCAUGAUAUGCAGAUACUGCAGGACCAGUACUAAAUUCAUCGGAUCACGUAAUAAAACGCGGCGACCAGUAAACUGAAGCUGCCUUUCUUUUGGCCCUGCAGAAAGAUGUACCGUAGUCAGCCGGAAUUAUUGUUUAUUUGUAUCUCACUACUCAAAGAUUAGAUCUUCAUCACUAGAUCAUUACCGUGUACAUUAGAAAUAACCAAUCUGGCAGGAUGAAGCUAGUUGUCUUGUAACUGUUGUAAUAAGUCAACAGUAAAAAUAUAGGAUCCAUGGUACUGCAAACUGCGCUUAUGCAUAUUGCUUAGUACUCGACAUUUC